CCACGUGGCGUAUGGAGCGAGAUGUCGCAUAACCUAACUUAACCCUAACUUCUGUAAAAGCAGAUGAAGAGACUCGACGAGAAUUUCGUUUUAAAUAAUAUUUGAUAAAAAUUUUCAAAGAAAAUGAAUGUUAUACCUUGUAUCACGUGGGUAAGAAGAGGAGUCGCCGCGGCCGUUCCUGAAAAAGUCGAAUUAAAGGCAGACGAACUCGAACAGAUAAUAAGAGAGACACAAUCUACUUUAGAAGAAGAAGAUUCUGGCGAAGAGGCAAUUUCCUCGAAUACAAAAUCGAAUACAAAAAAUACAGAAAAAUCUCUUGCAGCUGGCUUUGAUGAAUACAACUUUCAAACCUACGAUGAUGAAAGUGGCAAUAUGUAUUGCAACAUCACCACUCUAGCCAGCUUUGAAGGGAAUGGAAAAGAUCCUUUUAUAACAAAUGAUGAUGAAGAUUCAGAGAAAGAGGAUGACAUUAUCAAGGCUGAUGAUAAUUUAGUGCUGAUUGGCCAUGUUGAAGGAGAUGCUAGCAUCUUGGAAGUAUUUGUGUAUAAUGAAAGGGAAGGUUCUUUUUAUUGUCAUCAUGAUAUAUUAUUACCUUCAUUUCCAUUAUGUAUAGAAUGGCUAAAUUAUGACUCUGCUGAUACAAAACCAGGUAAUUUAUGUGCAAUUGGCAACAUGACUCCCAUAAUUGAGGUAUGGGACUUGGAUUUGAUAGAUUGUUUAGAGCCAGCCUAUAAAUUAGGCCGUAAACCGAGUAAAAAGAGGAAGCAAAAGCGCAUUGGCCAUAGGGAUGCAGUUCUAGAUGUAGCAUGGAACCAAAAUUAUAUGCAUGUACUUGCUAGUGGUUCAGUCGAUCAAACGGUCUUAUUAUGGGACUUGGAAAAUUGUAAGCCCGUAACUAAACUAGAUUCAUUUAAUGAGAAAAUACAAGCGCUGAAGUGGCAUCCACAGGAAACUCAUCGAUUAUUGACAGGAUGUGCAGACAAAUUAGUAAGAUUAUUCGAUUGCAAGGAGGAAGCACUUGUACAAAGCUGGGAGGUAUCAGGAGAAGUGGAGAGGGUGUUGUGGAAUCAUUUUGAUCCAAAUUAUUGCAUUGCCAGCACAGAUAACGGUUAUAUAGAAUAUUUUGAUGUAAGAGGAGAUAAGCCUUUAUGGCAAAUCAAAGCUCAUGAAAAAGAAGUUACAGGUCUUUCUCUUAGCACAUCAUGCCAAGGUUUGUUAGUUACUUGUUCAAACGAUGGUAUAACGAAGGUAUGGGAUCUUCUCGAUCAAACAGCUCCUACUGUUAUAUGGGAACAGUCGAAUAAUUUAGGUGCUAUUCAAUGCCUCGCGGCAAAUCCGGAUGACGGAUUCAUAUUCGUCGCUGGUGGAGAUAAUAAAGCGCACAAUCUUCAAGUAUUAGAUCUCAGGGAGAUUCCUAUAUUGCGAGAGAGAUUCGCAGAUGCAGGACGUGUCAUGUCAAAUAAUUCGGUAAUGAAAAUCAAACAGGAGAUAAUGGAUGUCGCUGACGACAUGGAAGAUAUGGAAAUUGAAAGUUUGCAAUCAUCAAAUGUGCAAAUUAAAUAAAAGAGAAAAAAAACUUAAGCUAUAUCUCUAUAUAUGGUACAUUAAGAUUUAUACAUGUACAUAUGUGUCUGAUAAGAUAGGUAAUUAUUAAAACAUGUUUGUGUUCUUUCUCAAAACAUGUGCUUUAUUGUUUUCUUGUUAACAAUAUAAUGUUAACCCGAUGAUAAUUUCUAAAGAAUAUUCUUGUACAAUGUAACAUUUUUGUUGAGAAUAACUGACAGUUUUAUUCGACCAUUGGUCAAAUUUUCGUAUCGAUAUGAGUUAUCAAUGUAAUGUUAUAUAGAGCUCACAUAUUUAUUAAAAAAAAAAUUAUUUUCAAUGAAAUAGGUCCUUGAUUUACGAUGCUACAUAUAUAAUGAUGUAUGGACAAGAACAUUUAUUUAAUCUCUUGUAGUACCUUCUAAGAGAUUCUAAAAGAUGCAUUUAAAAACAUUAUUAUAUAGAAUUUAAAAAUUUAGUACAAAUUUGAAAAUACAUUUUACUUUAAAUUCUUUUGUUUCAUUUAAGAUACAUAUAUUUGCAUCAUGUAGAAACAAGCAGGUUACAUGUAUAAAAUAGAAAUUGUAAAACUUAUGAUUCAACAAAUUUGUAAAAAUAUCAUUUAUGCAUAUGCAUAUUUUUCUUUGUAAAAGUGAUUCUGAUUUUUAUUAUUAUCUGUGAUAAUUAUCUAAUAAUUAGAUAUCUGCAAAAACUAAAAGUUUUUAUGCAACUUAUAUGAUUUAUUUAAUUAAGAAUUUAAAGCAAAUUGGCUAGGUGAAGAGAGGGCGAAUUGUGAAAAUUUUUUUUACAAUAUGUCUUUUAGGUGAAUAUUAUUUGUUACUCGAGUAUACACAAUAUUCGUCUAUUAAUCGUAUCUUUUAAUCUGAUACUGACAAAGUCCUAUAUUACUUUCAUUUUUUAAUGCAGAAUCGUAUUACAAUAAUCACGGCAUAUAACUAUUAAUAUUAACAAUUUUUUCUUACACAACUCUUCCCUUUCUGUUUUAUACGUUUGGACUGUAAACUUUUCCCAUGGUCCUUGCAACUGCAAUUUAAUUUUGAAUAAAUGUAACAAAACUUCGCUGUUUUGAGCGAUUUCUUUUUUAGGCAGUUACACAAAUAUGAUGAUGUUAUUCAAAAUUCUUUUUUUAUAUCUGUAAAUAUAUAUCCACAUUACUAAUCAAUUGA